CAGAUCCACAGCAAAACUGCGAAGGCACAGCUCCCGGAGUACUUCAUCGGACGCCUGAAACCCGAGGGCUCCGAGUCGCCUGGACCGCUGAGCCCUGCCGCCCAGCGGCAGAUCGCCUUCGAGAGCCAGGGGAAGGUCCUGGUGCAGAUGGCGGGCCCGGAUGAGGAGAACCCCGGCUUUGCGCAGCUGAACUUGGACCCGAAGAAAGCGACUCUGAAGCGGCUUCGCCAGCUGCUCCGUAUGGUUUUCCACAGCCGCCUCCGCUGCCCGAAAAUGCCGACUAUUGAGGCCGUGCGCGUUCUCAUUGACGGCAAGGAUUGCCGCGAAGAGGAGAAGACUCUGUUCGAGCUUGGUGUGUU